AUGGGUGCAGCUUCUCCAAGCUGCUGCUGCCAAGUGGGACAAGGAGGGGUGCAGGUCUCCCCCAAAUUCCAGUUCCCCCGAGAUUUCCAGAGGCAGCCCCUGCCCUCCCUGGGUCUACCUACUGACAGCUGUGCUCCUCUUGUUUGGCAGCCCGGGCUCUGCUGAGCACAGCUGGAGGAUUCUCCGGCCAGGAGCGCCAGUCCAUCUGGCCUCACCUACGCCGUGGCUGCUUCGCAGGUGGUGGGCCUGGCUGUGAUCACCCUGACGGGGGCCUGGAUGGGCCAAUACCGGGCGGCAUUGCCUGGGAUGGAUCCAAGCUGCAGUUCAAUGCCCACCCACUGUGCAUGGUGAUUGGGAUGGUCUUCCUCCAAGGAGACGGUAAGGAAGUGGUGGGAGGGGGGCCUUUUGAGAACUGUCUUCCAAGGGAGACAACUGGGAGCUGCUUAUUUCAAACCCCUCCCCGUGCUGGAGCUGCAUUCACAAUUUAGGAGAGGGGGCAGAGCAGGAUGUGGCCCCCACAAGGGUUCACAAACUGUCUCUGCACAUGGUCACAUGAUUAAGGCAGAUGCUCCACUAGAUUAUCUUCCACUCUGUUAUUCAAAUCCCAGGCUUUUGAGAGACCCUCAAACCUUUUCAAUUAUUUGUUUGUUUGUUUUUAAAAAAUAUAUUUAUGAAUUUAUAAGUGUACAAAAUACAGCACUGAAGAACGCUACUUGUGGGGUCUGAGCGGAGCAGUUCCUGGCCAGGGGAGCAAGAGCCAAGCCCCCCUCUCAGCCAGCCCCACACCUCAUUGCCCCUCUCCCCUCCCUCUUCUCCUCUUGCAGCCCUCCUGGUAUAUCGGGUCUUCCGGCAUGAGAGCAAGCGCUCUACCAAAAUCCUCCACGGGCUGCUCCACGCCCUGGCGCUGGUCAUUGCACUGGUUGGUGAGUCCGGGGGGGGGGGCAGCUGGAAUAAUCUGCCCCAUUUGCUUGAGCCUCAGCCUCCUGCCUGCCUUCUCAGAAGCCCCUCUGAGGGGCACCAGGCUCAAGGGGGUGGUCAGAGGCUUCCCUGAGUCUCAGGGUCAACCCACAGCUCCUCUGAGUUCUCCAAUAAGCUGGAGGAAGCGGGCGUGUUUUGGGCCUCCUCUCCCAUAAAAACAUAAGGCUGGGGUGGACGAGGCCGUGGGUGGCUUACUGCGUUCCUCACAUAUGUGGAUUGGGAUACAACUAGCAGGGCUCCCCCAGACAGACAGACAGUCUCCACCACCUGCCAUUUCCACCCAUGUGCUUCUUCCCAGGCACGUUGGACCUGCUCAUCUCCCCAUCCCUCGUCCCUCAUGUUAAGUGGGGUCCCACUCUGGUGCAGUUUUGCCUGAGGGUUGGGAUGGUGGGGAAAGGCAGGGGGUCACCUGAGGUCUCUCCCUCCCUCCAGGUCUGAUAGCCGUGUUCCAGUUCCACAAGAAGCAGAGCAUCCCGGACAUGUACAGCCUGCACAGCUGGUGUGGCAUCCUGGCCUUUGGCUUCUACUUUGUGCAGGUGAGGCAAAAGCAGAGCGGGAGGAAGAAAGGGGGCUGGUGUCUGCCUGGCCUCCUUCCAAAGCAGGUCUGUGCCCCAGAGAGCAGAGAGGGAGAAAUGCACAAGGGGCAGGAAAGCAGAGCAAGAGAAAGGAAGAAACUCUGGCUGCUGAUUCCCCUGUUGAAACGGCAUCUGGUGCUGGGGCUCCCCAGAUUCCUCAGCAACCUUGGAGGGGCUUGAGCUGUCCAGGGGUCUGUCUGGACACAAGCAAUUAGAGGAAGGACACCCUUGAGCCACAUCCUUGCUGGACGCUGCAGCCUGACAGCUUCAGAGCUUCCAGCAGCCACCCACAUCCUUCUCAGGGGGGCCUUUGAUUCCAGGCGCUGGGUGGGGAUCUCUGGGAGGGCUCCAUCUGCACUGCAGAAACAACACGGGGCUCUUGACACUGUCUGCCUGGGGAGCUUGGUCUUGGCUCCCAGGAGCCUCAUCUUUUCCCAAAGCACAGCUGAUCUGCAUUGCUGGGAGCCCUUCCUGCGCCCCCCUUCCUCCUGGGGGGGGGGUCACUUGCAGUGGCACCUCAUAAAAUCUUAAGAGUUGGAAGGCACCCCCCAGGGUCAUCCAGUCCAACCCCCUGCAAUGCAGGAAUCUCAGCUGAAGCAUCCAUGACAGAGGGCCCUCCAGCCUCUGCUUAAAACCUCCAAGGAAAGAGGCUGCCGCUCUGAAUUGCCUUUGAGCCAGCCCUUGUGCCCCCCCUCAGUCGUGGCUUCAUGGGAUCAGAAGGAGGCCAUGGGGGUGGAUUAUUGGAAGGAGACCUUUCGCCCCUCAUCCUGGGGCACCACCCGCCUCUCACCAGAACUUAAAGGCGGUGGCGGCAAGGGAGUUUACAGUGUUUGAGGGCUGGCUCCUCUUUGCCUCCUGAUUGUUUAGUCAAUUCUGGGGGUGGGAUGGGCUCCAUGGGAGGUGGGCUGCUGUCUCCUGACUUUGGGGCACUGCCUCCCCUUCUUCCUUAGUGGCUGCUGGGCUGGAGCUUCUUCCUCUUCCCCGGAGCCUCCUUUUCGCUCCGCAGCAGAUACAAACCGCAGCAUGUCUUCUUUGGGGCUGCCCUCCUCAUCCUUUCCGUCGCCACUGCCCUGCUGGGAUCUUGGAGGUGCUGCUCUUCAACAUCAAGUGAGUGGCCCCCACUUUGUGGAAGUCUUUCUGUUUUAACUUACAACCUGAUGGCUCUGUCUCUGCUCGGCUUCCUUCUGAUAAAUCCAGAAUUCUGGGCUGCAAAGUGAGGGAUGGAGCAGAAAUGACUGCCUGGGAGGGUGUUCGUAAACAGCUUUUGCAGUUUACUUGGCUAAUAUAUUCUCAAAUCAACAUCCUGCAAAAUGGCAGCAGUGCUGGGCUUGGAACUGAGUGCUGUGUCCAUUGCCUCCUCUGGCCUGGAAGGCAGAAUGAGAUUCUGAACAUGUCUGGUCAGCAGACGAGUUGCCCAAAGCCUUGAGCUGCCUUUUUCUUAAAUGAAUUAGAAAUUGGGGGUGGGGUGGGGUGGAGAUAAAGUGCUUGUGCUAAUGUCAACCUUUCUGUUCUUGCUCAGGGAGACUUACAGCUCCUUUGCCCCAGAGGGAGUCCUUGCCAACACUUUGGGCCUCCUGCUGGUGGCUUUUGGGGCCAUUGUGGGCUACAUUUUGA